UGCACUUCAAACAAGUAAGCAUGUCGUCCUCCAUAUCCUCAUCUCAACAGAGCUUUCUAGCCAACGUUCUCACCCCACCCCACAAACCCAAAACCAAGAUUCUCAUUAAUAACACUUUCAUCUCAUGCAAAAGAAUUGAUGAAACGCCCAGAAAGGAUGAGAACAAAUUGGCAAAGUUGGCAAUGGUGACACUGGCAGCUGGGGUGUUGACAUUGGGCUCAGUUCAUGAUGCAUCAGCUGCCAAAUCUGGUGGAAGAGUUGGAGGCCAGGCGUUUCGGUCUUCGACUCCUCGGUCUUCGUCCCCUAGGAUCAAUAACAAUUCAAGGACCAAUAUAUACAUCAAUCCUCCAGUAGCACCACCUCUAGUUGGUGGCUAUGGAUAUGGCUAUGGAGUACCGUUCUUCGGAGGCUGGGGUUGGUCUCCAUUUUCAUUUUUCGCCCCAGGUCCUGGUGUUGUCAUUGGCAUGGGUGGCGGGUUCCAACUUUUUGCUUUCUUUGUGUUUCUUGGUGCUGUUGCUGCUGUUGCAAGGAGAUUCACUGGAUCAAGAGACGAAGAAGAAGAUGAUUACUAGCAAAAAACAUUUUAUACAAACUGAUGUUUACAUGCUUCAUACUGUACUGUAUACAAGACAGUGUACUAUGGAAUAGCAUUAUGUAAUAUUGACUCGCCAACACUAUUAAUGUAACAUACGCAAUUCUUGUGA